GAAGAAGAAGAAGAAGAAGAAGAAACUCAAAGUCACGUGAUUGGGUCGAGCAUCUUUUUGGUCCAUUUUGGAUGGUAGCAAGACCUCCGUUUCAGCCAAGAAAAUGACCAAACUGCAGUUUCUGAACGUCUUUUUAACUGAGCGGCUCAUGCUCGCUGCGCAGGAGAUUUACAAAUCUGUCGAGGACACAAUUCUGGAGUACCAGGAGGAAAUAGCGAUCAGGGAGCGGGAGAACGACCAUCUGAGACGCAGACUGAGAGACGCAGGGAUUGAAAUAUGGCCAGAUCGGCCAUCCAUGGCACUGUUGGAUGAGGAGGACGGUGAGCAUCCACGCAGAGAGUGGAGUCCCAGCAUGGGGCACGAAGAGCGCAUCCCUAUCCAGAUUAAAGAUAAGCGAGAUCUGCGGGGCAACCAAGGAGAGGAUCAACUUCGAGGCCACGGCUCUUGCAGCACACCAGAGAACAUGUUCACUCCUCCUCGUGUUGCAAAUGAGUACCCCCAGGAAGCCCCCCACACAUCCAACAUCCCCCAGAGCCAAGGUGUGGAGAACAGGGAGCGGGACCCUGGUUCUCGAGGCUCCCAGAGGCAUGUGAAGGUAGAGAGUGGAGGAGGCCACCGAGGCCCUGCUUCGUCCAACAGCGGUGCCCAGCCUCUUGCACCAGUCAACCCAAACUGCCCAAACGAGAACAACAUUGAUAUCAUCGGGGUGGAGAAUGGAGGGCAGAUGGUUGGUGUAAAGGGAGCUGGAAACGGAGCUAAUAGAGGACAGGCGUCUCACAUGCGUAACCAAGCAGCCAAUGCAGUGGACUGCCCCAAUCAAAAAUCCCCCGUACAGGCCCAUAUGUCGUCGUUUUGCUGCAAAGUUUGUGGCGAGGCAUUUAGUCACGUGGGCCACUUGCAUGUGCACGUACAGGUGCACACUCGGGAAAAACCUUACCGCUGUGGAGUGUGUGGGAAAUGCUGCAGCUCCUCUGGCAGACUCCAGGAGCACCAGCGUAGCCACACAGGAGAAAAACCCUUCCGCUGCCAGAUCUGUGGAAAGGGCUUCACACAGAUGGCUCACCUGAAGGUACACAUGAGGAUCCACACAGGGGAGAAGCCGUACAGUUGUCCCGUGUGUGGCAAAUGCUUCAGCCGCUCUGACAAAAUCAAAAGGCACCUCCAGACCCAUAGCCGCGAGGGAACCUAUUUCUCAGGGCAAUGAUGAAAGUUUGUGAAACAACUUCAGUUUGUGAAUCAUAUUGAUGUUGGGAACUUUCUUACAAAAAGCUAAAAUUGCUGCCAUUAGGACAUGUCUUUUUUCUACUUUUCAAGAACUAGGGAUUCUGUUAAUCUGAGAGUUUUCUUAUCUAAUACUUCUCCAAAACUUAGUCCCUCCAUUAGAAUUUACAUUAGAACGUCACACGCCUAAUUUUGUACUUGUCACUGAGCAUUAAAAUAUCUACGCCACACUUUUAGUUAUUAGCAAGCCUUUCUGAAUAAUCUAGCCUUUCCUUAGUCAUAAUUAGCAUGAUGAAGUCUUCCACAUAUGCCUUGAAAGUGAGAUGUAUCAAGAAUUGCAAGUGUCCAGCACAGUCAUUGACUUGUUAUCAACUUGUAACUUCAUGUCCACAUUUUGAUAUCAGAGUUCAAAAUCAGCUUAUUUGACACCCCUCCUGUUAUCAGUGUUUUCUUACCUAAUUAUGAGGAGGAAAAUAAUCUAAUUUUCUACAUAUACUGAUCACCAGACAAAAGAAGCCUGUGCGCUCAGUCUUAAACUGCCAGUGUUUGGUUUUUUCUUACCUAGCAGCUUCAUAUAAACACACAGGUAAAGCUACACAAAUGCCUGUGAACUAUGGACUUUAACAGGUUUUUAACUAGAGGUUUGACCAGGCACUUGUCUCAAUCUUCAUCUUUAUUUUGAGCUUCCUUUCCCUUUUAAUUGUGUAACAUUGCUGCAGAGCUAAAUACUGCCAUCACACAGUGUCAGUGCUUUAUGUUGUCCAUGAAAAUAUGGACCAAUCGAUUGUGAGACUGCUCCACUAUCUUGUGAAAUAACGUGAUACUCUGUAAAAUACCACUUGUCUCUAUCUUAAAUACAUCUAGGGUUUUAUAUUUUUUUUUAGUGUCCUUUUUCAUCCUGCACUAUUGCAUCUGUCUAUGAUGAUGCAGAAAUUCACUCUCAAAUAGGGCCAAACAGUAUUAGCUGAACCUGUUGGUGGGUUUUCAGGGGUCUCAGUCUGUGAAGAUUUACUUUUAUGUUGCACCACAAGAGUCACUCAUGCUAGGUGUUUUUUUUGGAGUGGCUUCAGUUUUGCUUGAUUUUUUUUAAGAAGGGAUUGUUUAUUUAUCAUAGAAUCAGGUACUUCCUCUGCCAACCGAUUAGACUGAACCCCUGGGCAUUAGACCCUUCAGUUUCCCUUCUCCUCUCAGGACCACUGCUGCAUUCAUAACAUGAGGGCACACCAGAAAUACUCAUUUCUGACUUUUCACAGCUUACAAGUCAGAAUCUCAGGGGUUGCAAGUUUUCCUGUUUAAUUUUACUCUACUUUUUUUGCAGGGAAAGAACAUGAAAACAAAAACAGAAAAACCUAAUGAUAACAAUUUCCAUCUGAAUGUACAGCAAAAACUGAUCCGAAGAGAUAUAAUACUCAAAGAGUGUGUCAAAGGUGAAAUGUUGCUAUUGAAAGCACACCAGCGAUGCCUAUAUGUGCAAUGAAUGCAGCAUGAAACAACGACAGCACGUCCUCACAGCUGACCAGCAGCCCUUCACUUACAGUCUUCUCUGGGACUCCUUUGCUCCCUCUGCACACACUCUACUGUACAGUGUUGUAUCAUUGCAUAUUAAAUGUUAUUUUUUAAUAAAGUAGUAAUUAAGUAUU